UUUACUUUCGGUUUUGUCCGUGAGAAGCAGCGGAUGAAUUUUACGUCUCGUACACUUGUUUAAGACGUUUCUGCUAUCUUUAAAUAGUAAAAUUAUUCAGAAAAGAGUGGUCCACGUGGCGUUUGUGUCGGUGUAUCCUGUGAAAAAGAUGUGGCGCGCGCUCAAACAGUUGGGAUUGUUUUACGUCUUCCUGUUGUUUUUUUCUGUGUCACCCAACGACGCUGAAAUAGUGUACAAAGCUACAGGUGAAGAUGUUGUCCUCAGUUUACCCCUGGUGGAGUCUCCUAUCCAGAGGGUACAGUGGAAACACAAUGGUGAUAUUGCUGCAGAGAUGUAUGGAAAGGAAGUUCAGUGCCUUCUCCAGUUUAAAGGUCGUUGUGAGGUGAACACUGAUUCUGGAGUACUGACAGUCAAAGAACUUUACCUGAACGACAGCGGCAUCUACACACCAGAGAUUAACGGCAGAGUCUUCAGCAAGGCUCAGCUCUCUGUUAUCUCUCGUGUAGCUAAACCCUCUGUAAAAACCUCCUGUAACACUGAGAUGGCCUACUGUCGCCUGACCUGUGAAGGCAACACUACAAACGCCAAACCAGUCAUCAGGGAGUGGUUUUUAGAUGGCAGGGAUGGACCUUCACAGGAUGAUUUGAUUAUAACAGAGGAUACAAAGGAGAACAGUUUCAGAUGUAUGAUGAUGAACCCAGUCAGCAAUGAAACCAGUGAAAGCGUCACAAACCCCUUCAUUAAACAAACUGUCCCAGUUUACGGCGCUGCAGGUGAAGAUGUGAUCCUCAGACCACCCCUUGUGACUGAAACUAUCCAGAGCAUAGAGUGGAAACACAAUGAAAAUAUUGCAGCUGGAUGGUAUGGAAACGAGUUUGAGUGUCUUGGCCAGUUUAAAGGUCGUUGUGAGGUGAACACUGAUUCUGGAGCACUGACCAUCAAAGGACUUAACCUGAAUGACAGCGGCAUCUACACACCAGAAAUUAACGGCAAAGUCUUCAGCAAGACUCAGCUCUCUGUUAUCUCUUGUGUAGCUAAACCCUCUGUGAAAACAUUCUGCAACACUGAGAUGACCAACUGUCGCCUGAUCUGUGAAGGCAACACUGCAGAGGCUGAACCAAUCACUUAUACGUGGUUUUUGGAUGGCAAGCAUGGACCUUCAGACAAAGUGUUGACAAUAACAAAGGAUACAAAGGAGAACAGUUUCAGAUGUUUGAUGAUGAACCCAGUCAGCAAUGAAACCAGUGAAAACGUCACAAACCCCAUCAUUAAACAAGAACGGGACCAGCCGGUAUCCAUCCCUGACUUAGUAGCAGGGAUUGUUUUGGUAGUCAUUGUGGUUGCUAUUUUUAUCUGCAUGCUCAUCAGGGGAAGAAGGCGAAAAGCACAAUACCAGAAGCUGCAAAGAGACCUAAAAGAAAAAAGGCAACAAAAACGAGCCCGAAUAAAGCAACAAAAACAAGCCCAUGCAAAAAAGUGGAUAAAAGAACAAGAAGAUGCAAAAAAGCGGAUAAAAGAACUAGAAGGUAAAAUAAAAAAAAUGUUAUCUUAAAUGUUUGAUAAGAAAACAUCGUAAAAUGAACAAAGUUCUCAAAUGUGGAGUUUUUAUUUUGUGAACAUGCCUGUUUUCUUUAAAUAAUUUUUAAAAUUUCAGCAGAAAUUGUAGUGUCACUUUGUUGUUUCUUCAAUAUUUUUGCUCUACCAGAUUUAUGAAAACAAAUAAUUAAUUUCACACAAAAGUGUUUUCCUUCAUUAAAUACGAUCAGCAAUGUAAUAUGAGUCCUACUAAGAUGUUUGAGUUUGUUCUGCUGUCAGGAUCCAUCUUUGGUGACACUCUGCUUAAGCAUGAUUAAUGUUUAAUGAUGAUCACAUUAUGAAUGACUUAUUUACAACAUGCUUUUCUUUGUGUUAUAUACAGGAAUGCUGCAACAAAAACAAGCCCGUAAGAUACAAAUCUUCUCUUAAAUGUUGGAUAAGAAAACAUAUUCAAAAAUGAACAUAGUUCUCAAAUGUGGAUUAUAACUUUUGUUAACAUGCCUGUUUUUUAUAAUUUUUUCUAAUUUCAGCAGAAAUUAUAGCGUGACGUUUCUUCAAUAGUUUUGCUCUCCCAGAUUUGUAAAAACAAUAGUUAAUUUUACACAAAAAUGUCAUUCCUAAAUAAAAUCAGUAAUGUAAUAUGA